AUGGCCAAGAAGCGGUCUGGCACUGUCGCUUCCCUGCUGCUUCUCUCCCUCGCACUAGCUGCCCACUCCGUGGCGGCCGCGAGGACCGCGCCUGCUGGGGGCGAGGCGGAGGCCUCGCUUCCAGCCGCUGCCGCAGCAGAGAACGGCGCCGGUGCAGGAGGCGCGGGAGCGGCGGACGCGAAGAACCUGUUCGUGGGAGUGGGAGGCAUGGGGGACCUGCCGGGCCUCCCGGCCGUGGGCGGCGGCUACGGCGGGGGCUUCGGCAACAACGGCGCCGGCGUCUUCACCGGGGUCACGGGCCCGUUCGGCGGCGUCGGCGGCGGCGUGGGGAGCGUCGGGCCAGUCGGCGGCGUCGGCGGCGCAGCCGGUAUCCCGUUCGGAGGGUUCGCCGGUGGCAGCGCCCCGUUAGGCGCGGUCGGAGGCGGGUACGGCGGCGCAGGCGGCGGCGGCGUCACACCUUGA